AUGAACUGCAGCGAGAGCCAACGGCUGCAAACCCUCCUGAGUCACCUGCUGCUCCAGCUGCACCACCAGGGCAACGCCAGCGGCCUGGGCGCCGGCCCCGGCCCAAGCAUGGGCAUGGGGGUUGUGCCUGACCCCUUCGUGGGCCGCGAGGUGACCAGCGCCAAGGGCGAUGACGCCUAUCUCUACAUCCUGCUCAUCAUGAUUUUCUACGCCUGCCUGGCCGGAGGCCUCAUCUUGGCCUACACCCGCUCCCGCAAGCUCGUCGAGGCCAAGGAUGAGCUGUCCCAGACCUGCGCUGAGCACGAAUGGGCCCCGGCCGCCGACGCCGAGACUGCCGCCGGCUCCCGGGCCGAGGGCUGCCGCCAGCUCUCCUCCGCGGGGCUGCCUGCUCUCGCCCAGGGUGCCGAGCGGGUCUAG